GGGUAUUGGCUGACAAUUUUCUUUUUUUUCCCCCAUAAGAAAUGGGUUUGUUUAUAAGGCUGUCCACUGCCUCCGAACGACUAGAUCGGUAAUUGGUGCUAAAACGCCAUUUUUGCUUCUUGGAUGAUACUCCGACUGGAUAUAAGUAAACGAUCGCCGGCUUAUGGCUGCUUGCUGGUGGUUAGACUGGCUAGCUAGAUCACGGUGAGCUCAUUUCAUGUUAGCAUGGCGUCAGACACGAGUGACACGGACGAGUUCUACGAUGCUCCGGAGGACGUGCAUUUCAGCCCAUCUCCCAAAGUGUCUGCGGCGAAAUUUGUCAUUCCCUCGCCUCAGCUCUUGCAUAGAUCCCAUGAAGAAGAGAGCUGCGAAGAGGCUGCCUCUGAGACGACUCAAGAUGAUUCCCUACAUAUCAUCGAUAGCAUCAUUGAAGAGAGUCAAAAGGAAAACGGUGCUGGCGCCGAACUGUUCGAUCAACUCCACGUUGGUGUGACUGCGGAAACCGAGUCGAAGGAAGAAAGCAAAAUUCCACAAGUACCUCUGGAGGCAUCAAUUGCAGCUGACGAACCGAAGCCUAGCGAGACGCCCGAGGAGCAACCGGAAUGUUUGGCAACAAACGGAGUGUGCUCUCUGCCCGUUCCCUCUCCUUUGGAUCUCCCAGGACCUUCAGUUGGAACACAGGAAAGCGUUCAGCCCCCAGACAUCACCAGCACAAUAGGACAGCAUCACCCCGAUGCGGAGCUUGCGGUCGCAGAAGGGGAGCAGGAACCCAGGUCUGCUGACAUUUUAGAGCAGGUUUCAUUUGCAGACAGACCACUGGAUUCCAUGGACACCUCCGGGCCUACAAAACCACCGCGGCAGUUCACAGUCGAACCAGACAUUGUAGCCAGCACCAAGAAGCCUCCGCCGUCGCGACCGCGCCCUCCCAGCGGAGCUCCUCCGCCGAGACCCCCUCCACCAGCGAUGCAGCGUCUCCCUUCCAAGAAGUCUCAGCAGUCUCUCAGGCCCAGUGGGCUUGAUGUGUCUGCAGCGACUCCAGUCGGCAGCAACCCUCUGGAGCCAUCUGGUCUGUUGUCUCCCAGUAGCACUGUGAGGAGUUUAACCAGAGAGCUGCAGCACUCCUUGGAUCUGGCCAGCGCCACCAGUGGGGACAAGGUGGUGACCGCACAGGAGAAUGAGGGUGAGGAGGCGUCGUCUCGGGUUGAGGGACCCGGACCUCAGCGUCCACGCUCCAACUCUGGUAGAGAACUCACUGAUGAGGAAAUCCUGGCCAGUGUGAUGAUCAAGAACCUCGACACCGGGGAAGAGAUCCCGCUAAUCCAGGCGGAGGAGAAACUUCCUGCUGGGAUUAACCCCCUCACUUUGCACAUCAUGAGGAGGACCAAAGAGUAUAUCACGAAUGACGAAGCGCAGUCAGAUGAUGAUGACAAGUCUCAGGCUCCGUUGGCAGACACAGAUGGGGGAAAACUGAAACAGAGAACAACUCAGUUGAAGAAAUUCCUGGGCAAGUCGGUGAAGAAGGCCAAGCAUCUUGCUGAGGAAUACGGAGAGAAGGCGGUCAACAAAGUGAAAAGUGUUCGCGAUGAAGUUUUCCACACGGAUCAAGACGACCCGUCCUCCAGCGACGACGAAGGGAUGCCUUAUACCAGGCCUGCCAAGUUUAAGGCAGCGCACAGCUUUAAGGGUCCUUUUGACUUUGAUCAAAUCAAGGUCGUGCAGGAUUUGAGUGGCGAGCACAUGGGGGCCGUAUGGACAAUGAAGUUCUCACACUGUGGCAGGCUGCUGGCAACUGCCGGCCAAGAUAAUGUGGUUCGCAUCUGGGUCUUAAAGACCGCCUUUGACUAUUUCAACAACAUGCGAUUGAAAUACAACACGGAAGGUCGAGUGUCUCCUUCGCCAUCUCAGGAAAGCUUGUGUUCCUCCAAAUCUGACACUGAUCCCGGGGCAAGUUGUGCUCCAGAGGACCCAGAUACAGAAGACAGGAACGCUCCUUUUCGCCAGGUCCCCUUCUGCAAGUACAAAGGCCAUACAGCAGAUCUAUUGGAUCUGUCUUGGUCCAAGAACUUCUUCCUGCUUUCGUCAUCCAUGGACAAAACGGUCAGACUGUGGCACAUAUCCAGGAGAGAGUGUCUCUGCUGCUUUCAGCACAUUGAUUUUGUCACGGCAAUCACAUUCCAUCCCAGGGACGACAGGUACUUUUUAAGUGGCUCUCUGGAUGGAAAGCUGCGAUUGUGGAACAUUCCGGACAAAAAGGUAGCACUGUGGAAUGAGGUGGAUGGCCAAACACGCCUCAUCACCGCUGCCAACUUUUGUCAAAAUGGGAAGUACGCCGUCAUCGGCACCUAUGACGGAAGAUGCAUCUUCUAUGACACAGAGCGUCUGAAAUAUCAUACCCAAAUACACGUACGGUCCACCAGAGGCAGGAACAAAGUUGGGCGAAAAAUCACUGGUAUUGAACCAUUACCUGGAGAGAAUAAGAUUUUGGUGACCUCAAACGAUUCCCGCAUCCGCCUUUACGACUUGAGGGACUUGUCUUUAUCCAUGAAGUACAAGGGCUACGUCAACAGCAGCAGUCAGAUAAAGGCCAGUUUCAGCCACGACUACUCCUUCAUCGUCAGUGGCUCAGAGGAUAAAUACGUGUACAUCUGGAGCACUUACCACGACCUCAGCAAAUUCACAUCAGUACGUCGUGAUCGCAAUGACUUCUGGGAAGGGAUUAAAGCACACAACGCUGUUGUCACAUCAGCCAUUUUCGCACCUCACCCGGGUCUCAUCGUGCCACAAGAGACGGGUGCAGAAAAAACGGAUGCCGACUGCAAGAGCCUGGACUCCAAUGAAUCGGAAACGAUUCCCUCAGGUGCCCUGAAGACUGAUCACACCGAGGUUCUACUCUCUGCUGACUUCACUGGGGCCAUCAAGGUUUUCAUUAAUGUGAAGAAAUAUUAAGCUCCAUGAGACUUUUACUUGUAACUCGCACAGAUACGUAAAAUUGUUUUAACUCUGAGUGUGACGGCUGCAUCACCGCUUUACCUUUUCAUCUUAAAUACCAAGCAACUGUUGAGUAGUUUGGCAUUUCUAAAAGCUUCGACUUGCCGAUGUUACCGUUUUGUGGUUUCGGCAGCGAUGACGUGUUCAUUGACACCGAAUACGCGGUUAGCUUCUUGUGCCGUCACAUUUCUCGGUGGCGAUCUAACUGUUGCAAGACACUCUCUGAACUGUAAGUCAUUCAUUUCAAUGUGUCUUGACAUCAUGGUUAUUUGUAAAUGUGCCUAAACACUGUUUUUGUUUUUUUUAAGUGUUUCCGCUUCGACAUUUCCUCUGCUGCUUAUAGCAACAUUUUAGAUACAGGAACUCUGCACAUGUUUAUUAGUGAGGGUGAGGUAUCUUAAAAUGUACUUUUCAGAAACACUAAUGGCUCCACGUUUGAUACAUUUCACUCGAUUAGGACUGUAGAUUUACUUUGUAACAUUGCACACUUCUUGCUUUUGUAAGCUGUAUCGAUGUCCUCAAUAAAAAAAUAAUGUUUUUUUUUUAAUAUUUGGAAGCAGAGUUGAUAGCUGGCCCCCCCGGCACUUCUGGGAGAAGAACUAUUAUAGACGCACACAAAUUCACGUAAUCACUAAGAGUGAUUUUAAUGUUUGAGCGUCGCACAUUUCAAAUUAUUUUAUAAACAAACGUAAAACAAAAAUAUAAUUAGUGUCCAAAUAUGAUACAAAAAGAGAGUGGAAUCUUGCGGGGGGGGGGGGGGGGGGGAGUUUGUUUGGGGACCAAGAUGACGCAGCGGUGUGAGUGGUGGACACCUGCUUGGAGUUGAGUUGCAGGCCUGGCGGCGAGAGUCAAUGUUUACUCUUUUUUGGCUUCUUGUGGGAACGAUGCGGGGACUGUGACCGGGACCUGCGCCCCCUCCAUUCUGGAGAUGGAGAUCGGGACCGUUUGGACUGUCUGGGACACCUGUGGGAGGGGGGAGAGAUGAGAUCAUUGUGAAAAUGAUGAUCAGUGGAUAUAUUCUUUGCACUAUAUCAAUGUCACGUGGCACUUGCUUUGAAGGAGAGAUGCUAUUUGAUUUUCUGUUGCGCCGGUCCGAAUCGCGACUCCGUUGUCUCUCUCCGUUUUCACUUUUCUUGCUCUUCUUUUUGUCCUUUCUGUCCUCUGUUGGCUUCUCUUUUGAUUUGGAUGUGGAUCUCUCAGGCUUAUCAUCCUCUUUAUCAAAUUCCUACAGAAGAUGAAACAACAGAUUGGAAAAAACUCACACAAACGUUUUUAUUAGCAAGCGGGUUCUUUGGGACUAGUAUGUUCGUCGUGAUACCAGAUUCAAACCACGUUGCACCCACUGAGCGACAGUUGUUUUUUGAGCUCCUCUGAUUGUACUCGUGCGUACUCUUUGUCAGUGUUGCCAAUCCAAAAUUUGUCAUUAAAGAAUUAUUUAUCUUA